AUAUCAUGCAGCAGAUCAGAUCCAUGUUUUCCAGAUGCAUCAAACACGUUUCUUGAUUCCAACAGAUAGUCGUCCGACAGCUACACUGAGUUCUGUCAAAGAGGACGUGUUCACAGGAGACAGUGUGACACUGAGCUGUACUGUAGAGUCUUCUGGAUGGAAGUUUUACUGGUACAGACACAGACCAGACUCUACACCAGUAACCACAACCUCUAGAUACUCCUACACACUCAGCUGGGUCAGUGUCUCUGAUGGAGGACAGUACUGGUGCAGAGCUGGGAGAGGAGACCCAGUCUACUACACCCUGUACAGUGACCCAGUCCAGAUUAACAUUACUCAGAGACCUGUUGCUGUUCUGACCCUCCAACCCAACUGGACCCAGAUAUUCAUUAGAGAGACUGUCACUGUGAGAUGUGACAUACAGGGAGGAGGAGACUCUGACUGGGACUACAGAUGGUAUAAGAAUAGUCAGUUAGUGAUCCCCUUUAACACAAAGCCUGAGUACAGAAUCAGUCCUGUCUACAGGUCUAACAGUGGUUCAUAUACCUGUGAGGGUGUAAAGGGCAACAAGUUCUCCAAGACCAGUGAUGCUGUAAAACUGACCAUGUCUGGUAAGUCUAUCUAA